UUUGUGACGCCACGAUCAGCUGUUUGAACGUUCUAAUUUCUGAGCCGAGAUCAACCGGGGAUUCAGCAAUAACAGAGAAAAAAAUAAUACCAGGACUACAGCCAGGGGAGGGAGGGCGUCCGGACGCGAGGGCAGCUGCUUGCAGUUUGCAAAUGGUGCAUAUCUUCUGAGAAGACCUGAGACACCAUUCACAUCACCACCACCUCCUGCUCUUCCUCCUCCUGCAUCCUUUUUUGGGGGGAGGGUCUUUUUUUUUUUAAUCGUUUCUAUUAUUGAUCUUAGUUGAUUUCAAUUAAAACUACCUCACAGACUCUGCCUAAAGCUGGUGCUUAAUAAUAAUAAUAAUCUUGUGGGUUUUAUUUUUGUGUGUGUGUGGUGUUGUUUACAAAACAUUUGAUGACAUUAAAGGCAAGGCCUUUGCACUGAAGCCAAGUGAAGAACCUUAUGAUUGCACUAUCUACGUAACUCAACUCAGAUAAGACUCCGCUUAGGAAAACAAGCAGCUCCCGCCCUUGGCAAGGAAUCCGUCCAUCCAACACUCCCCAACUCGUGCUCCUGCCUCCACACCAGCUUCCACACGCUCAAGCCAGCGCCUACAAACUCAUCCCCGCCUUUCGUUCCCAAGUCCACCUCUGAAAUAAUUCUCCAGCCAUGUUCCAGCGCCUCACCAGCCUCUUCUUCAGUGACAGCAGUGCACCUGAGGACCUUGAGGAACCUAAGCCGUUUGUCUCUAAAGAGGAAGAAGAAGAUGGGUGGCUCAUUAUUGAUCUUCCAGAUAGUUACGCUUCAGCCUCCAGUAAGGAGCGGCGGGUAGGUGAGAAGGAUUCUGUUUGUGCUUCUCGUUGCCGCCGUGGGUCCCCUCCACCUACCACGUCUUCGCCCCACUCCCUCAGUGACUGUGUCAGCAGGUCCAUGCCCUCUCAGCCUGACCCCUGCUUGAUGGACGAGAGUUGGUUUGUUACCCCUCCCCCCUGUUUUACUGCAGAAGGUCCUGACCCCGUCAGCAUGGAGAGCAACCCCAUGGAGGACCUUUUGAUUGAACAUCCCAGUAUGUCCGUCUAUGUCACCAGCAGCAGCAUCAUUGUGGAAAGGGAGAAUCCUGAGGAGCACAUCCCUGAAGGUGAGGUACCUGAACGCCGUUUGCAGCGCCAUGCCCCUCACCACUCCACCUCUCUUGCCACCAAGGCCGCCAUCUUGGAGAAGGUCAACCAAGUGCGUCGGAUUCAGAGGGCAAAGCAGCUGUCGGAGAAGCACAAGUUCAGUCAGAAAGUCAUGCAGCGGCAGAACCGCACCAGAGAGUGCCGCCCACGACGGGCCAAACACCAAGGCAGCUUUGUCUACCAGCCAUGCCAGCGCCAAUACAACUACUAAGCUACUUCAGGAAGUCUACACUGUGGGGCAUUAUCCUUUUAACUUUCAGCUUCACCAGUUCCUCACAAUGCUUUCUUCAGCCAAGAGGGUCAUCUUCGUCCAUUUUCUGAAAUAAACCCACUCCCCUCACCCCUUUGAGAAAACCUCCUACGUUCUCCUGAACUGGCAACGUUCAAUAGUUGUUCUUUUGUGGGCUUUUCAUGGGCUUUAUAUCUCCACCCCCACACCCCCUUUUCAGCAAGAAAUACAUUUUCUGGUCUACAGCUUCCUUUUCUUUUUGGGUUUAAUCUUCCCCAUUCCCAUCCCUCCAUCCACGAGCGUGGAUUUUGAUUUGGAUCUGAAGGUGAGAGAAACCCAACAUGACCCAGUAAAAUGUCCCAGUAAUAAGGCUGCAGGUCUAUUUUGAAACUCCAAUGUGGGUUGUUGUUGUUUUUAAAGAAGUGUUGGAGAAAUAUGUAUGCCUCUUAGUUACCAAGAAAGGCCAUUUAUCUCUGGUUAUAUUCUUGAUCACCAAGCGGCAUGAAAUCACACACUGGUUAUUGUAGAAAUUACCAGUGGUAGACUAAUUGAUGCUUCCAGUGAAUAUAUCACAUUUCAAUUUCUUUCCAGUGCGUUACGUACAUAGUAGGGCAAAAUGGCCUUGUCAUUUCCUUUGGUCCCUUGUUGUUGCACUAGGGAGCCUAUGACAUCAGUGCCUUUCUUUAUGACAUCACACUCUCUACAGUGUGGUGUCACAAAUUGAGAUACCAGGUUCAUGUGCAAACUGGAACACAAAAAUAACAAAUAAACCAAACAAGUCCCAAUGGAACUACUUAAAACUAUAUCUUAUGACAGAUGUCUUUCCUUUAAAAAUACACUAAUUGCAUAUUUGUUCCUUUCACUGGGCUGAUGUGGUGGCUAGUCAUGAGGCAUUCUGGCAUAUCCUUAAUUUUACUGGGGCUGUAAGACCCAUGAAAAUCUAUGGGAGUUUUGCCAUUGACUUCAAUUAGAAGAUGGAUUGUGUCUGAAUCUUCAGUUCAGUAGUGUCAUGUGAUGUGAAAUGGACCCUUUGAAAGUUCAUUUUGAGCAGCUGUAACUGCCAGCAGUGGUUUAUGGGUGCUGCAGAGGUUCAGUUAUUGAAAGGUCAAGCUUGUAUUAACGUUGCUCUUAAUCACACAUGUCCUUUUUGAAAUCCCUCUGAUUAUUUGCAUAAAAGCUAUCCUAGUUUUUCUUGCCAUAUCAUUCAUGGCUCCAUAACUUCAUGAGCAAGUGUUUAAACCCAUGUGUACAGAGCACAGUUGGAUGUGGUACUUUUUAGAAGGACAUCAGUUUGUGUGUGUAAGUGUAAAAUAAAAUAACUUCUAAAAAGGAAAAAAAACCAACAAAUUUUAAAAUCCUAAAUUUGCAUCUUUACCCCAUGCAUUUUAUCCUGAGGCUGAUCAUGGCAAACUUCCUCCAAAGAAAAUAUUUCCUUGUCCUAAGGAAAGAAAUUAUUAAAAGUAAUCUGAAUAAAAUAGAAACAGACGUUUGGCAGAGACUCUUGUUCUGAGGACUUUUAUCAGGUUGAGUUCUAAGGGCACCAACCAGAUAAGUCUGUGACAAUUGGUUUCAAUGGGAAACAGAUAUGUAAAUAGUCACAUUUCUUCCAUUGAUUUCAGUGGGAUGGCAGGAUCAUGCUUUAAUAUUAUGUUUAGUGGGAAAACAUCAUUUUUUGAUCCUUGCCAACAGUAGAGCACUUCAUAUUCAUUCAUGUUAUCUUAUUCUGGUGUUGAUGCUAAUGCCAAGGACCUCAGCAAAGAAAGGGGCUUACACAUAAUUUUAGAGGUAAUAAAGUAUGUUGGAGGAAGUAAUGAAGGAUGUUAGAUAAGAGAUUGAAUGAGGCUGGAGGGAUGAAGUAAGUGGGUCAAAGACAGAAGGUAAAAUAAAGUGUCCUAUGCACACUUUCUCGAGAGUAAGCACCACUGAAUUCAGUGGAUAAAUAGGUUCAGGCUGCGUGUCAGUGAAGAAGGGAUCUGAAGUUGUUGACCAGGUGUAAGCCAAAGACAUGGAGGUCUGGACCCUGGAGAGUAGAAUGAAUACCCUCUAGAGAACAGCAUGAGUACCCACACUUUGAAGAAAGUCUUUUAGAAUCUAGAGCACCCAAUAAACAUAGUCAUUAGAUUAUGAGAACAAAUAGCUUUGAUUCUGUAGCCAGAUGCAUGGAGGAGGUCUCCUCUGAUCAAGACCAUUUCAGGAAUAACUGGGUUUCACUCUAAUUAUUUUAGACAAGCAUUGUCCUGUUAAAAACAAUCCCAUAUGAAAUACCUGCAACGAAACUGUAAUUUUUUAAACAUUUAUACUGUAUUCUUAUUCAUUUCCCCACCCACCCCUUCUAUCAAGUUAAUCACAGUGUUCACAUCCUGAUUAUGGUCACAAUGACCAUUGAUUCUUAAACACUUGCUCAGUCUGGUUGAGAUCUGCAAUUUUCUGUCCUAUUUAAUCUGUACUGAGCUUAGGAAUUUCCUAUAUAAAACCUCAUAAUGAUCAUUUGGUACUGUCUAUAUAUACAUUUUAAAAAAUAAGCUUGAUACAUGUUUAGAAUAAGAAAGUAAAUUAUGUACUGAAACUCAGCUGAAAGGGAAAAAAGGUAGCAUUUCAGUGCUGUGGUUUUAUAGGGUUGCCAUACUUCAAAAAGUGAAAAGUUGUUGAGCAACCCUAGGUUUUAGAACCACCCACCCCUUAUACUGUAUAAUAUCACAUUCUGCAUGUGUUUCAAAAAUGGCUUACCAUGUGAAAUUUGGAGAAGGGGGCUGCUAUUGAAGAAAUAUAAGCCUAAAGCCUCUUGGCUAAGGGAAUUAGCUGUGUGGUCCUGGGGGUCCUGGGCUGUGUUUCUAAAGUCAAUAGCUUUAUAUUCACAUGACACAACUGAACGGAAGAUUUCCAUCUGAGCUCAAAUCAGACUAAAAUUGUCUUCCACCGACCCAAUACUGGCACUAUACCUUGGCAGAACAGCAUAGUAGAAAUCCAGCUUUGUUAGCCAUGUCAAUGUUGGGAAAGUUGCCCCUAUUGAAUGUCUGCCUGUUCCACUGCUGUCAGAUGAGCAAAAAAAAAAGUCACCCUAAAUGUUUUUCCAAAAUUUAAACUACUCAUCCAAACAGAUGUUGGAAACUUACAUUUACUAUACAUUUGACCUGCUGGUGAAGAAGGUAAAUAAAGACCAGAUCUCACCCUAAAAUCUUGACUUCUUCCUGUUCUUCUGCCAUUCCCACACCUAUUUGCUGUCUUCAUUACUCUUGAAGAGCUGGUGUUCAUCACCUUGUCCUUAUGAAAUUGAUGGCAAAACCCCCGUAUAGGAUCAGCCUUUGUGCCUUUUAACUGCUGCUGAAGAGGCAUCAGUUUCAGCCAGUUAUUGGUACAGAGGACUUGGCAAGCACCUUAACAAGGGCAGAACCUCAAAACUUGGUUGCUGGCAUCCCUUGUCACCAGCUGCAUGUUACCUCCAGGAGUAGCAGUUGAGAAAGACAUGCCAAAAUCCUGGUUCUUCAUUUCUGAAGAUAACACUAGACAGUUGCCCAAAUUUCGUUUUAUGUGUGAGUGCUAACACUUCCGCAGAAAGCCGUGGGGCCGACCUAUCAGAUAGAGAACGUCAAAGCUAAUUGAUUUAAUUUUAGUUCUGGGGCAAAUGCACUUGACCUGGAACUGAAAGCAGAGCAAUUCAAUUUAUGACUGAUUCUUCCACUUCUCCUUUAACUUACCAGGAAGGCGAUAGAACUGGCAGGCCUGAGCGGGAGUCCUAUGUACCUGUAUGGUGGUGGCCACAGAUUAUGUCGGUUUCAUUUGUGUCUGAUUAAAAUAGGGAGAUUAACACUUUCUCUAAUCUUGUGUUUACAUCUUUUUGCCUCUGUCAUGUCACAUUAAAUGCCUUUUACCACUAUAGCAGCUCUUGAACAAAUCAAGGUGGUUUAUUUGAAGAGCUGAAACACAUUGGGGGGUGGGGGGCAGGGAGUGCAAAUUCAAUGAGUUUUGCAUGUGGGAAUUAUCACACAAAUGCCCAGAUCCGCUUUGAAUCUGACAAUUCAAAGAUAUUGAAAGCUGCAUCUUGAAUGUGAUAAUUUAAUCUGGAACAUUAGGAGUUAAUUUUGGGGUGGAUUUCAUUAUGUUGAGUCUAUAUAGCUUAAUAUUCAAAUUUUGGAAAUAAGACUUUUGACAUCCCCCUCCCCACCCUAAAAAAAAUCACAAAUAUUGAAUAUCUCUGUUUUUUAAAUGUCAUUUAUGAGAAAGAGAGUGAUGUUAGCGAUUUCUGUUUUGAUUCACUGGGUACUCUUUAUUUUCGUUGCUGCAGAAAUCAAUUUUGGGAGGGGGCAUCUCACCAGAAUAGGGCUUCUUUAAGUUUGCAGCUCUACAGCCCUGUGACACACCAUGAUGUCUGGUUGUGAUGGGGAAACUACACCUCAAAGCUCUGAAAGGGCUGGAAGACCCGAUCCAUUUAAAAUGUGGACAUCACCUCUUACUACCACUUAGUCUUACAAGCUGUAGGUGAAAUUUAUUCCCACCAUCUAUGCUUCAUUGUCAGUGAAUCAUGAUUUACAUGGUAAUUGAACUUUUGCAAAGAAAGAGAGACUUCUGAAAACACCUGUAUUCCAAACAGUGGCUUCAAAGAGUAGAUUUCCUGCUUGGCAGGGGGUUGGACUCGAUGGCCCUUGUGGUCUAUUCCAACUCUAUGAUUCUAUGAUUCUAGAUGAGUUUGGAGCCUCUCCUUCCUUCUUUCCCCAUGUCCUUAAGAAUUCAAACUGUUUCAUGUCUCCAAAGGAACGUUAGAAAGUCCAUUUUUCUAAGUAAAAACUGGAUUAGGUCACUUACUUACCUUUUCCUCCAAUGCCGCUUUCUGUCCCCAUCUCUGCAACAUGUCCAAGAGGUUCUGACACCUUAACACAGAGAUGGGGAACCAGUGUUGUUGGACUGCAGCUCUCAUAAUCCCUGAACACUGGCUACGUUGGCUAGAGUUGAUGGAAGUUUGAGUCUUACAACAUCUGGAGGGCCACAGUUUUCCCAUCCCUGCCUAAAACCAACACACUUAGAAAAAAUUAUAUUGGCUUCAAUGGGAUAUUCUUGCAGGUGUGCUCGGGGAAGGGGGGUAGUCCCAGUGUUAGAUUCCUUCUAGAGAUGUUGCCCUCCUACGGGGGUCAAAAAUUAUGGCAGUGUUUCACUCUGAGCAAUGGGGCCUGGCUUCCUACUUCGUGCCCCAUUAAAAUUAGCAUCGUAUCUUUGACUACAACCUUAAACAUGCUACAGUAAGUUGCGUGAUACCGUCCUCUGGUGAUACUGUAUAACUGGGUGACUUUAUUAUGUGAGCACUUGCACCUUUCGAUUGUUUCUGCUGGUUUGGUGCCUUAGCAGUGCACACAAAGAAAUGCAGACAGCGGUUAGCAGGAAAAAUAAGUAUUUUACUGGCACAAUUUUGCAGGUCUUCCCACCAUUUUUCAAUUAUACUUGAGCACUUGGCCUUCGAAAAGGCUCCCAGGGUAGUGGCAUUCCUUUCACAAUGAGUGUAAAAUGAUGAUGAUGAUGAUGAUGAUAAAUACUUUAACAGCUCACAAGUUGUUGCCCUUUAAUGAUACCCGAAAUCAGCUGCUUGAAGCAGCCGCCUCACUCUGCCUAAUGGCAGUGUCAGCCCUAAACAAGUACUUAUCCCAUAAUAUUACUGCUUCCACUCUGAAGACUAUUGCGAGCUCAGCCUGAGCUCAAAAUAUGCCCUGUGUAGUUUAUAUUGACCAGAUUCGUGACACCAUCCAUGCCCCAGGCUUAGUUUUUAAAAAUGCUAGAACAGGUUUUUAAUGUUUUUAAUAUGCUGAGAAGUGGAGCACUAGAGUUUCAUCAUGUUCCUGUGAUGCUAAAGGCAAACGGGGCUAUUGCAUCAUGUCCUGCCAGUGAGCUUCCCCGAGGGAUUUUCCUGGCUAACACCAGAGACAGAUUGGUGGAUUAGAAGGACUCUUGGUUAGAUCCAGCAAGACAGUUCUUACGAUGCAGGAGAAGAAGGGGGGGGGAGCUAAGGGGGUAAUCUUUCAAAGCUGCAGAAAUGUAACCAAUUUCUUAAGCUCGUAGAACAGUACAAAUUUUGGGAAGGAGAAAAGGUUCAAUGGUUGAGUGUGCGAUAGCUGAAUUCAGAAAACAGAAAUUCAAGCUAUUUUUUUCCUCUCAGAUCACCUGGAUCUAGUUCCCAUCUGUGAAACGGGAGCCUCAUAGCCAUGUUCUGAGAAUAAAACAGGAUCUAGAGUUCUUAUGGUAAACACAAAAACCUCCUUACUGCAGAGCAAAUUCCAAAGUCUAAUGAUAAAAUGUUAACCUGCUCUUUGUCUACAUCCUAUAAACACUGUAAUUUAAAACACCUGUAUAAUGUCUGCAUUGUUUUUGCUGUCACUAGCAGUUCAGGAAAGCCAUCUUAACAUUCUCAUCCUGGCAAUUCAGUGAUCAGUCCCAAGAAUGGUGUUCAAAAAUACCAACUACAUAGUGCUCUCCUGUGUUAAGCCGAAGGAAAGGUGCUUAAAAUAAUAACUUCUGUGUGUGUUUGUGUAUGUGGGUGUGCAUUCACAUUUGUAAAUAUGUUACAAUAAUGAGAGGAUGCAAGCAUUUUUUUUAAAACUUCAACCAUUUAAAAGUUGUGACUAGCUGUAAUGCUCCUGAAUGAAUGGCUGGGAGAGUGUUGCAAUGGCAUUGUUUAUGGGAUAGGCCAGGGGCAGCCAAUGUAGUGCUCUCCAGAUGUUGCAGGAUUGCAGCUCCCAUGAUUCCUGUCCAUUGGCCAUAGUGACUCCAGUUCAUGGGAGUUGUGGGCCAAAACAUCUGGAAAGCACUGUGUUGGCUUGGCUACCCCUGGGAUCAGUUGAGUUCUAACUUCUUUUUUAUUUGUAUAGGGAAAAUUUACAGCAUGGACUCAGGGACAAAACAAACAAUGGUUGUUACCUUAAAAACACAUGUUUUAGAACUGUUUGAUUUGGAUGGGUAUUUUGUCGUUGUAUGUAUGAGUCUGUUGAUACAAAUUUGCAUGUCCUAAAGAAAUUUACGAACUUGAUAGAACUGCUGUUUUGUUUUUCUUAAAAAAGAAAGAAAAAUAUACCUUAGCAUAAUUUGUGAAACAUACUCUGCAACUAACUGCUGCCUUUUGGUCAAGGAAAAAGGACUUGAUUGCCACUGGCUUGGCUAUAUAACAGAAUUAAAGCCAGUCUUUGGGAUGUGACCGUUUUUAACAAUGGCACGACCAUAUUGCGGUACUCCCGCACGGCAACGUGUGGAUGACAAGUUGGAAAAGUGAGAGUGGCCAUUUGUAACUCACUUCCUCUUUUAGACCUGCUCUCUUGUAAAUACUGUUACAUACGUACAAUUAUAUAAUAUAAAUAUAUUUAAGCAAUAUUUUUUGUCAAAGUCCCCAAGUGUUUUGAGGGACACUGAGGAGGCAAAGAGAGCCAAGGCCUGUGCUCUGGAGAAAACCAUAGCCAAGCCUAUCACUGAGCUACAAACCAUGAGGGAGCUCUUGCCCACCACUGGAAGUCAAUGGGAAUGAGGUAGAAUUUCACUGGCAGAGAAUACUCUGGGAUAUUUGCAAUAAAUGGCAUAGGGAAGGGACACCUCAACAUUCAUUUGAUUUGUUUAGUAAUAAUGUAAUUAGUCAGUUGCACUUAAAAGCAAAAAGAAAAGCAAGGAAGGCUAAAGCGCUCGAUGGCAAUCAUACAUCAUGACAGAGAUUUAUUUUCCCAGUCACAUUUAAAUGAGUUUUGUUUUUGUGUACUGCUAGCAGCUGUAGACCCUUCCUGACUAGGCAGUAAAGAAGAAACUGAAGUCAGAUGCCUAAACACACUAACUAGAAAAUAAGUCUCAUUUAACUGAGAGAAAUUUGUUUCUGUUUGGAAUGGAUGGUCAAGGCCAUCUCAAACAUUAAAGGGG